AGCAUCUCGAGUUUUUAUGGACCGCGGUGCCGCUCAGUUCUCGCAGUCAGGUUUGCCUUCGCCCUACUCAAGCAGUUUCGGCGACCACCAUUCUGAAGGCUCGUCGGCAGAACACGCGUCUGCUGCCCAGUACCCCGGGAAACAAGACUAUCCCGCCUCUGUGACGCCUACGUCAGAGUACAGCGUCUACCCUCCCUCGGCGCGUUCAGGAUCUUUUUCGGAGCAAAUCCAGCGUUCAUACCAUCCAUCCAGCACCGCCAGCAGCGGAGAUCCGUCUAUUGCGGCUCCGAGUCCUACCUACCCUUACGGGCAGCACUCGCCGUAUGCGCCAAAUCCAGACAUGUCUCAUGGCUACUCCCAUCCGAGCGGCGGCAUGUACGCCCAGCCCCGACCCGACUGGGCCGGCUACAGCCAGCAUGGAGCACCUCCCUUGACUCCUGGUCAUCCAGUUUAUGCCCAAUCCCCGGCUUCUGCGCCGCAGCAACGCCCCAGCCAGGUCUACUCUUUCGUUCCCAUCCCUGGAGCGCAGCAACACAAGCGCCCGCGCAGACGCUACGAGGAGAUUGAGCGCAUGUACAAGUGUGGCUGGAACGGAUGCGAGAAGGCCUACGGCACUCUCAACCAUCUGAAUGCGCACGUUACCAUGCAGUCUCACGGCCAAAAGCGAACUCCCGAAGAAUUUAAGGAGAUCCGCAAGGAAUGGAAGCAGCGAAAGAAGGAGGAGGAGGCCCAGCGCAAGGCCGAAGAGGAGCGCCAGAGGGCAGCAGCGGCAAACGCCGCUCAGAAUGGCGGCGGUGAUCCCCAGGCUGCCGACGGAGCGCCUUCGUCUGGGUACCCCGGCAGGGCCGUGCAGCUGCCCCCGAUAGGAUACCAGCCCACGCAGUAUCCGGCACCGCCCUCUGGCAACGUCGCUCAGCAGCCCAUGCCCGAAUACGGCGCGAGCCACAUGUACUCGAACUACCAGCCGCAUUCUCCUUAUGCUCAGCCCAGCCAGCAGAACCUCUAUAGCCAGUCAAACGGCGCACCGCCCCCUAGCCACUAAUGGACUG